UGAGACUUUUUAAGAAUUUUUGAUAAUUUUUAAGAAAUUUUGAGAAUUUUUAGGCCCGAUUCCGUUUUUACAAUAAAAUUUUUCGAAUUUCAGAGUUUUUUUAGUUCUAGAAAAGUCGAGGAAUGAUAAUAUUGAAAUUUAAUUUGGUGUUCUCUUUCGCAGUCGGCUUUCGUACGGCUCGCAGUUGCACCGUGAGUUCGGCAAACACCUUCACAGAUCCGACUGCUGGCGGAGAUUCUGGGAACUUGUUCCAGGCGGACGGUCUUCUAGUGGAGGCCACUCCGCUCAAGUCGAUUCUCGAGGUUAAGGUCGGCGGUCAACCUCCAGGGCUUCUGGCGGUACGCGAAUCCGCUCAAGGGACGUGCCAGCUCGUUGCGCGACGCUGGAAAUCAGCCAGAUCGACGACCCGAGCACGCUGCACCGGUCUCAGCACCUCUAUCCGGGUGGCCCCGACGCCGAGUAACAUGCUAACGGCGGCACCGACGCCCAGCAGUAACCUGCUGCCCCGCGGACAUCCAGGACAACUAGAUCAGAAUAACCCAAAAUUCCGUAGUAAACCACUCAAACAAUUGCUUUGAUUUUGUUUUGAAUUUUGAAUAAAUAAAUAAAAACAUUGAAACCUUUUCUUGUUCUUCUUAUUUCCAUCCAAAAUUUGAAAAGCAACGGUCAAUUCAAAACAGAAAAUAUUGUAGUGGCUGCGUGCUGCGUACUUUUGGCAGGCAUGCGUUACGGCGUUACGUUUGCGAUAUCGAAAAUCGCCGUUUGCGAUAUUGGAAGCAAUGCUUCCUGCUGACGGGUGUAAACGGAGGUUUGCGAUUGGUAGAGCAAAUCGGAAGCAAAGUUUGCGAUUCCGCAAACCGGUUUUUGUUCCGUGUGAGUAAACACGCGAUAGAGACCGACACUUCUUGGUGCUGAGAAUCUCACGACGGUAGAAUUUAUAACAAAAUUUUAAACAAGACAGCAUCAAAAAUAGAAGUUAAAUUCUUUUGAUGAUUUAUUUACUAAUUUUCAUUUUUCAGAGAACUUCUCAUCUGGACUCCUUACUAAUGAAGCCUCCUUACCUAAAACCGGACCAAGCUCCUCCCUUAGCUGUCAGUUGUAUUUCAAUUAGGACCUUUUUUCCCAAGGAUCAAUCCAGUCUCAAAUUGGGGAGGAUACACUGGAAGGAUCGUCCCAAUCUCUCGCUGUCAUCGCUCGCUGAUCCAACUUUGGCGAAAUAAUUAUCUGAAUCCACAAAUCGUUCCUUUGUGUUCGGUCCCUUAAGCAUUA